CUGUUCCCUUGACUCGGCUCCACCUCUCUUCCCUCCCGUGCCCACAAGAGGCAGGGAGCUGGAAUACAGGGGACCUGACAGUCAGCAUGCCAUGAAGAACUCCAUGGGAGAGGAACCAGGAGCAAGGCCAGCUGCAGCUAUCUGAAAGUCGCUGUGUCCAGAGGGGGUGAGAAGAGAGCUCAUCCACUUCUCCAGCUGCUCUGAAAGAGAAGGAGAGAGCCAUUUCCAUGGAAUGAGGAAUAAAUCACAAGAUAGUGGGAUUGCAGAGAUGGAAGAGCUUCCCGUUCCUCACAAUAUCAAGAUCAGCAACAUCACCUGUGAUUCCUUCAAGAUUUCAUGGGACAUGGAUUCCAAAUCCAAGGAACGCAUCACUCACUACUUCAUUGACCUAAAUAAGAAAGAGAAUAAGAAUUCCAACAAAUUUAAGCACAAGGAUGUGCCCACAAAACUAGUGGCAAAAGCUGUUCCCCUGCCUAUGACGGUCCGGGGUCACUGGUUCCUGAGCCCAAGAACCGAGUACACAGUCGCUGUACAGACGGCAUCGAAGCAAGUCGACGGGGAUUACGUGGUGUCAGAAUGGAGCGAAAUCAUAGAGUUUUGUACAGCAGAUUAUUCAAAGGUUCACUUAACACAGCUUUUGGAAAAAGCCGAGGUGAUUGCAGGACGCAUGCUUAAAUUUUCAGUCUUUUAUCGGAACCAGCACAAAGAAUACUUUGACUACAUCAGAGAGCAGCAUGGAAAUGCUAUGCAGCCUUCAGUCAAGGAUAACAGUGGAAGCCAUGGCUCUCCCAUCAGUGGAAAGCUGGAGGGAAUCUUCUUUAGCUGCAACACUGAAUUCAACACCGGAAAACCCCCACAGGAUUCCCCUUACGGAAGAUACAGGUUUGAUAUUGCUGCAGAAAAACUGUUCAACCCAAAUACUAACUUGUACUUUGGGGACUUCUACUGCAUGUACACCGCCUACCACUACGUCAUCCUCGUCCUCGCGCCCGCUGGGUCACCGGGGGACGAAUUCUGUAAGCAGCGCCUCCCUCAGCUGAACUCGCAGGAUAACAAAUUUCUGACCUGCACUGAAGAAGAUGGGGCCAUGGUUUACCACCACGCACAGGAUGUAAUCUUGGAAGUGAUUUACACUGACCCUGUGGAUCUCUCCCUUGGCACAGUCGCAGAAAUUACUGGUCAUCAGCUAAUGAGCUCAUCGACCGCCAAUGCUAAGAAAGAUCCCAGCUGCAAGACGUGCAACAUCAGCGUUGGACGUUAAUUUCAUGCCCUCCCUCUUCCUUAGGAGCCUUCUUCAUUGCCUAUUUCCAUUGUCAGCUGUUCCCAUCAGACGCAUGCAUAAUGCCAUUCUUACCAAAAGAAAACACCGAUGAUCAAAAUUCUUCAAUAGCAUUCUCUGUGCAGUGCUACAUAUUACAGUUGCCGCAGGGCUGCCGCCAAAAAUGACAUCUUGUAUCACAUUUUUCCUUCCUCCCCAAUGUUUUGGGAUAGAUGCACUUCCCCAUGUUGCUGUCAUGUUCUCCUCGCCAUCAUGACUUUCCCCACCCUUAAUUAGCUGGUGGUUUUGGGAAUCACAAGACAUGAUAGCAUUACAUUAAAGGUAGCUAUUCCCAAACAUUACAGGGGAGAGAGGAGGACAACUUAACAUGAACAUGAUAUUGGCAGUAGUCUUGUAUCUAAGAGUAAUAUGUAGUUCUGCCAGUAGUAUUUCUCCCCAUCUUCCUUCCUUUCUGGUCCACCAGUGCUUUUCAACUGUUAGAAAUCUUGGGUUUUUCUUUUUAGCAACCAUUUAUAUAUCUAGAUGCUGCAAUUGGUGUUAAAUUUUCUUCUUUUUUCCCUCUCUUCAUAUUGCCAAAUGUAACAAAACUAUAUAAACAAGCUUAGCAAAAUAAUAAAAACCCUACUGGCUUCUAAAUGGUGUUUAAAUAUGUAUUCAUUUUAAUCUACUGAACAACUUAACUGGGAUAUCGCCAAACAGCAUGAAAGGGUGUAAUUGCAGCAUGAUUUAACUCUCGCAGCCUAGAAAAAUGUCAGCACUUCCAAUGUGUUGUUUGACAGUGUUAUUUAUGUUAUUUAUAUUAGCUAACAAACAAACAAAAAAAACUGUGUUUCAACAUAAUAAAUAGAAAAAUAUUUUAUUUGUACUGUUGUAUAAAAUACUAUACAAUCAUAUAGAAUAUAUAGAUUACAUUUUAAUAGCAACUGUAUACAUAUGUCAUGAAACCAUUUUCCCUUAUCAAAGAUGUAGUUUGUAAACUUCAAAUACUUGUGUAUCUGUUCCUGUUGCU